GUUAGGUUGUUUCAUUUCCUUCCACUCUUUCUUCUUCAUUUCCUCUUUUUCUUUUCUCUCCAACCCUCUCGCAAAAGCUGCUUCAAGAAAACAAAAAAAAAAAAAAAUUGAGCUUUUUGGGGGGUUUAAUUUCUUUGAGAUAACCAAAAGAAGGAAGAACAGAUUCAAAGGACAUUUAAAGAGAUGUUCUUGUCUGAAUCUUGUAAAUGAUUGGUCAAAGUUCGAUAGGCAAAGAAAAAAACAUAGUUUCCAGGGUUUCAUUGUGUUGCUCUUUUUUGAGAAGAACAUGGAGGAAACAAUGGCAUCUAGGUAUUGGUGUCACAUGUGUUCACAAAUGGUGAAUCCAACAACAACGGAACCUGAGAUCAAAUGUCCCUUUUGCCAAAGCGGAUUCAUCGAAGAAAUGAGCAAUAAUGGUAAUGGUAAUAAUGGAGGUGGCCUUGUUCAAGACCGUGCUAUGUCUCUAUGGGCACCAAUCUUGCUUGGAAUGAUGAGUACUCCUCGGAGACGAAGAAGGUCUAGGAGAGCAGAGCUUGAUGAACAAGACAAUGACAAUGAUGAUGAAUCCAAUCAUAGAGCGAGAAGACACGGUGGAGAGAUUGAUUUGGACAGAGAGUUUGAAUCUAUUUUAAGAAGAAGACGAAGAAGCUCAGGGAAUAUAUUACAGUUGCUUCAAGGGAUACGUGCAGCUUCUGAGUAUGAGACAUCUGAUAAUAUCAAUAAUAAUAGAGUUAUAAUGAUCAAUCCGUUGAAUCAAUCCCUCGUUGUUCAAGGACAAGCUCAGAGCCAUCCUGCAUUGACUUCACUUGGAGAUUACUUCAUUGGACCUGGUUUAGAUCUUUUGCUCCAGCAUUUAGCUGAGAAUGAUCCCAACAGGCAAGGGACUCCACCUGCUCGUAAAGAAGUGGUUGAUGCUUUGCCAACGGUUAAGAUAACGGAGCCGUUGUUGCAGUGUUCGGUUUGUUUGGAUGAGUUUGAGAAAGGAGUGGAGGCUAAAGAGAUGCCCUGUAAGCAUAAGUUUCAUGUCAAGUGUAUUGUUCCGUGGCUUGAGAUUCAUAGCUCUUGUCCUGUGUGUCGGUUCGAGCUUCCUUCUGCGAGUGGUGAUGGUGAUGAGAGUAAGGUUGAUUCAACGAGAACAAUAACUACUGUUCCGGAGAGUAGUAACGGAAACGGUGUUGAGAAUGUGGGAAAUGAGGAAAGAAGUGAGGAUGAUGCGAGGAGUGGGAAUGGAAGAAGGUUUUCAUUUUCAUGGCCAUUUAGUGGAUUGUUCUCUUCUUCUUCGUCUUCUUCAUCCUCUGGAUCUCAAUCUGGUCCUCGCUGA